UUCGUCCCACAUCUUUGCUGGUUGUAUCGCACGGCUCUAGCUCAACAGCAAGGUUACGACGUGAGCACGCAAAUCAGCGAGCAGGAGAUGGGCGCUUCAUCGUCCGCCGAUCACGGCGAAAUCGAGCAGCACCGGCGGCAGGAAGAGGAGGAAGCCUCCGCCGCCUCCACUGGCUUCCUCCCCGUCCUUCGUUCCUCCUUUCCCAACCUCUCCCCACCCGGCUCCUCCACCCUCCCCCUCUCUUCCCUCCAGGCGGCGCUCUCCUUGGACGCCCCAACGCUUACGUCUGAGUCGACCCCCGUGCCGGAUCACUUCCACCUCAUCUUGGCCAACCUCGGCAAGACACUGGCCUCCCUCAUCUUCCCCAAGGGAGACGAUGGGGAAAUCGACUGGAUUGGCUUCUUGAUAGGCUACAAUCGGUGCUGCGCGAGGAUGCCUGUUUCGCAAUCCGUCAACUUGCUGUACAGAUUGUACGCUGCCCUGUGCCGGGAAGCCAGCGCACCUUGCGGGUUGGAGUUCGAUCCUGAUUCAGAUGAGAACGAUAAGGUCGGUGGGAGUCUUCUGCCUGGAGAAUUGCUCGUGCUUCUUUGGAUUUGUUGGGUGAUGGGGCAUUCUUCGAGGAUAGCGAAGAUGCCCAAAGGGGGGAAGGAUCCUUUAGUGCUGCCUGACGUGAGUCAUCUGUUGUUGUCGGCGUUUGUAUCGUGCGGUGUGGUUACGGAGGAUGAGAGCAUAUGGCGAUGCGAUGUUGCGGGGAUUGAUAAAGGAGUUUCUGCCCAGAAGCUUCAGACGUGGGUCUUGACUACGGUGCCGGGCUUAUCGAAUUGCCUUGCGCGACAUGUGCAGGAGAGGAUCCGAGAUUUCUCCACUUCAGCGGAGAGUGUGAGUUCUUCUGAUUUAGUUUCUGAUGAUAAUUCUAAUGGUGAUGUUCAUGAUGCAUACCUCUUGACUCGAGGAAGGGCUUGGGCUGUAUCCCUUACACAAAGAGAAAAAUUAAGUGAAGAACUUUCUUCCUUCCAAGUAAACUCAUGGGAUCUUCUAUAUAGGUCUUCAAUUCAUGGGAAAGGGUUGAGUAGGUUUUGGUCUAAUGUUGAGGGUUACAACAGUUCGCUUUUUGUUUUGGUCUCUGCUAGUUCAGAAGAUUCUACUGAACAUAACAAUCCUAGAAGAUGGAUAAUUGGAAUAUCAACUGCACAGGGGUUCGAGAAUAAAGAUUCAUUUUUUGGCAGCUCUGGAAAUCUUUAUGCAAUAAACCCAAUCUUUCGUGUUUUUCCUCCUUCUGGGAAGGAAAAGAAUUUCUUAUACUGCCACCUGCGUCCUACUAUUAGGGUCUAUGAGCCAAACCCAAAACCCGUUGGAUUGGCAUUUGGGGGAUCCAUCGGCAACGAGAGGAUAUUUAUAGAUGAAGAUUUUGCUCAAGUCACAGUGCGCCAUCAUGCAAUAGAUAAAACUUAUCAACAUGGUUCUCUUAUUCCUAACCAGGGUUUCUUACCAGUUGAAGCUUCCGUCUUAGAGGUUGAAGUAUGGGGUUUUGGUGGGAAAGCAGCAAAAGAAAAGCAGGAUGCUUUCAAGAACCGUGAGAAUCUUUUCUCCGAACAGCGACGAAAGAUUGAUCUGAAAACUUUUGCUAAUUGGGAAGACUCCCCGGAGAAGAUGAUGAUGGAAAUGGUAUCUGAUCCUAAUAAAGUUCGACGGGAAGAUCGGUAAAAAAAACAAACUUGGCCUUUUGCUAAUAAAGUUUGAUCCUCCUACCAACUUGUCACCAAUAUAUAUGGGUCAUACGGUCAAGAUAACUUCAUGAGGUGUCCAUCUCAUUGAUGUAAAUGUGUGUUAAUAUAUCGGCAUGAGGUUUGCUAUAUAAAUGUCAUCUCCCUAUUGAAAAUAAGUUUGUCCUCAGGUAACUGUAAUGUGUGGGAUGGAAUCCCACAUACAAGUGACUUCUUAGUGACUGUUUUUUUUCAUUAAGUUAAAAUAUAUAUUUUUUUAUUAUUA